GUUUUGUGAAUUUAGUGCAUAAUUUAUUUUGUCGGCAUUUUAUUUAAAGAAAUAAAUUAAAAGAAAUAUCAGUAUUUAAGCAUGUUGCGCCUCUCGAAUAUAUCAAACAACAGUUGGCGCCUCAUACAAUGCCGACCGAUACUGCAACAGUCCAAACAAAAGGUGGCGACAGAGCAUGGAAGCCAACAAAAACCUGAAACCACUACGACGCUACGAAAGCGGCCUACUCAACUAACAGAUGAGAUCAUACGUGUUGAUCAUGCUGGUGAAUUGGGUGCCGAUCGUAUUUAUGCCGGACAAAUGGCGGUUUUGGGUAAGGGACCGAUGGGCAAGACUAUUGCGCACAUGUGGGAACAGGAGAAGGAGCAUCGUAGAAAAUUCGAAAAACUCAUACAAGAGCACAGAGUGCGACCCACCGUUAUGGUGCCGAUAUGGAAUGUAGCUGGGUUUAUGUUGGGAGCGGGCACUGCAUUGCUGGGUGAGAAAGCUGCCAUGGCAUGCACUGUUGCUGUGGAAACAGUCAUCGUGGAGCAUUACAAUGAACAAUUGCGACAAAUUAUGGCGUCCCCUAAGCCGGAUAAGGAACUCUUGGAUACAAUAACAAAGUUCCGUGAUGAGGAACAAGAGCACCAUGAUACGGGUAUUGACUGCGGCGCUGAACAGGCACCUUUUUAUAAAGCAAUUACGGAAGUUAUCAAAAUCGGCUGCAAGACAGCUAUUGCUAUUUCGAAACGUAUUUAAAAAAAUAAAAUGUAGUAUUUG